UAUAAAGAAAAAAAUUGACACUCCUUGACUCGUUUAAAUCCGCAUGUGUACGGUAAGUUGGCCCGUUCCAUAGAGGAAAGAGAAAAAAUUGACACUCCCUAUUUUACCCUUCCUACAAACGCUCAUGGAACAGGGAAUUUGAAAUGGGGGAAGAGUUUUUUUCACCCUGGUAUUAUAUGUUUUUAAUUUAAAAGGAUACAACAAAUGUACUUAGUGUGAUUGGUUAUGAUCCUUGCCUUUCUUUAAAAUGGUCAUGGUUCGAAUCCCAGUACAUACCUUUUAAUGAAUAAAAAAAAGUAAUUGUGAAGACCAAAAUGUCCUUCCUACUUUCACUCUCGUUGCAGGAAAUUUGAAAUGGGGCUCCCGUUUUUCCCUUCGGUGUAUUAUAUUAUGUGUAGAUUAUCAAAUAUAUAAGUCUAAAUUUUAUUAACCAUGAAAUAUAAUAUUAUAAUUAAACCGUUCAAACUAAUACAACAAUCAAAUUAUCCAAACUAAAUUUUAAUCGGUUUAGUUAAUUAGUUAACCAAAAUAACCAAUUAAUAAUCAUUAAGUGAGACAAUUUUUCAGUUACGGUUACGGGAAAACCGUACAGUUACGGGAAGAUUUUGAAAACCGUUGGGUGGGGGGGGGGGGGGGGGGGGGGGGGGCGGUUUUGGGCCAAACCACUACCCCACCCAGCGGUUUUGGUCUAAUUUUUUUUCUUCGAUCAACUCCUAACCUCGGCCGAAACUUCAAAAGAACGUAACCUUGCACUCGGGUAUCCGAUCGCAGUAAUUUUUUUUCAAUCCGCAUAACUUUUCGAGAUCUUGCAAGCCGCAAACAACCGUAGGCGGUUUGGUCCCCCCUCCGUCCCGAAAAAACGCCGUUUGCUACCCCGAACGAGCUUUUACCCGAUUUUGUCAAACUUUGGACGGCCAUAACUUUGUGCUCCAAAAUCCGAACGUCACAAAUUUUUUUUAAUUCAGCAUAGCUUUUUAAGUUCUACAAAUUUUACUAUGAUGAAAUUUUCAAACAUGAAUUAGUUUUGGAUAUACGGGAUCUUGGGAAUAACUUUACCUUUACUUUUCACAAAAGAGGAGUUGUAGUGGGGUGGUCUAGAUGUUGUGCUAAAUUUAGUUAACUAUUUAAUGUAUUUAGGCUCGAACCACCAUUGCUACUUUUUUUAAUCUCUCUACUAAAUAAAAAGAUUAAAUACGGAUCUUGGAAAUAACUUUACCUUUACUUUUCACAAAAGAGGAGUUGUAGUGGGGUGGUCUAGAUGUUGUGCUAAAUUUAGUUAACUAUUUAAUGUAUUUAGGCUCGAACCACCAUUGCUACUUUUUAAUUCAGCAUAGCUUUUAAAGUUCUAAAAGUUUUACUAUGAUGAAAUUUUCAAACAUGAAGUUGUGCUAAAUUUAGUUUAACUAUUUAAUGUAUUUAGGCUCGAACCACCAUUGCUACUUUUUUUAAUCCCUCUACUAAAUAAAAAGAUUUAAUAUGGGAUGAUGGUGACUCGAACCUAGGACCUAUUACAAACAAGUAAACAACUAAACCAAUUGUGACGAGACAACUUAUGUGAUUUAAGUGGACCAAAAGAAAAUACAUACUGCAAACCGCCGGAUGGAGGUGCGGUUUCCAACAAAACUGCCAUGGCUCAUACGGUUCGUAAAACCGGCCCCUACCCGUGCGAUUUCAUCGAAAACAGCAUCCCCCACCCAGCGGUUUUCGAGAAAGGGUGGUAUUUUCACCGUUUUAAUUGAUGAUAUUGGUGGGAAAUUAAUUGAUGGGUUGAAAUUCAAGGAUGACAAUUUCCCACUGAAACGUGAGAGAAAACAUAAGUCACAACUGUAUUUUACUGUUUCUUUCUCUCUGUGAUGUGUAGCUUUGCUGACAAAGCGGAUUGUGGUUGUUUAGUGUUCAUACAAGGUAAUAGCUUUUCUAACAAAGAUUGUAAAUGGGCGCCGGUGCAGCUUGUGGAUUAGCUCAUCUACCCCAAGACUGUAAAUAUUUUUAUCUCUUAGUCUGUUGUGAAUCCUAAGUACAUGCUUUAUACUAUUAGUUUCUGUUGUGAUGAAAGACAGCUGAUGUCAUUGCCCUUAGUAUGUCGCAGGAACAAUUAGAGACUUAAAUUAAUGUGUUUGGAGCAUGUACUUAUCCAACUGACAACUUGGUAUUCACAAGACCACCAGAUUCCUUUAGUAAGCUUAGGUUGUUCUUUUAAUGAUAGCAACAUCUAUGCUUGGAAAUUAUCAUAAGUUAAAUUCAUAAGUACCAAAAGUGGGGUCUUAUCUUUUUCAAUUUGUUUUGGUUACCUAAUUUUGGUCUUUUUCCACCUUUGUUCUUCUGUACAGGUGUUAGGAGAUGGUUCUCUUCCUAUCUCCAUGCCUGAAAAGGUGCAUGAUGUAAAUUUAGGUGAUGCACCCAAAACACUGGAUUCUAAUGAGUGUGAAUCUGCAGUUGAAGCACUGACCAAAUUGGAUGAUGUAAGUAGAUCAUUAUCUGAUAUUGCUUAGGAGAUGGUUAGGGCCACGCAGCCCUGUACCUAAAUCUAUGCAAUAAAUGUCAACGGACCCUCUAAUUAUCUCGUAUACACAUAAUUAUGUAAUGAGGAUUUUGCUGCUAAAUUUGUUUUACCAGCUUCAGCUAUAAUUGGUCGUUAGACAUUGCCAUUACAAUUAUUGUUUUAUGUUAGGCCUCACAUGCUACCCCUUCCAGAGUUCUAGUUGUUCUGUAUUUUGAAUCCAUAUCCUUGUCCUAACAGUACGUUUAUCUAGACUAUUUUCAUGUACUUUAAAGCGGUCCCAGUAGCAAUAUUGAUACUCACCUUAUCACCACCUCCAUAAAGAUGUUGUAUCUGUGGUGCUAUCUCCUCUAUCUCCUAUUGACAUGUUUUAAUUGUGUGUCUGCAGUUUUAGUUAUAUUUGACAUGUUUUGAUUGUGUCUGUAGUUUUAGUUAUAUUUGACAUGUUUUGAUUGUGUCCGCAAUUGCAGUUUCAGUUAUAUUGAAUUACGGUAUGUAAUGUGCAUUGAUUAAUCGUUGUGUGUUUCAUAUAAGCUAAACAAAAUUUCAUUUAAGGGGAUUCUCGAUGUUAAUAAAUAUUGAUCCUUUUAUUGUGAUUGUUCAUGGCAGACUCAAGGUAACUUUAAGUUGAUUGGUGUGGCAGCAACUACCCAAUAGUAUCUGCAAAAUGUUUUAGGUUGUUGCAGGUUCAUUCCAGUUUCUUAUUGAACUCCCUAUUAAAUCUUAUUAGUAUGCUACUGAUUUUUUAUACUCUUGAGAGGAUUGACAUAUGUAAAAUGGAUCAACACGUCAUCAAUUUAAGUUCUUUGUUUUGUUUCCUCCUCAAUAUGGCACAAGUAAUUUAAUGGAAGUUUUAAGUAUUUGGGAUUUUUGUUUAAUUAGGUUUACAAACUUACAGAGAAACAUAAACAUAUUACCAUAACCCAUGUCAAUCACAUCUAUUGUUGUUCAUGUAGAGAUAGAGAAGUGCAUGUUGCUCGAGAUAGGAUUCUUGAUAUCAAAAGUUCAUUGAUAGAGGAAAGAUGGUGGAACUUGAACUCUAGAUUAGCUUAAUGUAGAUUCGGUAGUUGAUAGAUAUUGUAGCUACUCAAUAAUAUAUUGUAGAAGUAUAGAUAAAACAUUAAGAUAAGA